AUGAUGCAGCCUCAUAAAUUUUAUCCAUCACGUCAUUCAAAACAUUCCUGCAGAUUCCGAUGCCUGGACUUCCACCCGGCUGGAAAGUGGUCGAUCUAA